AUGAAAAAGCAUCCAAUUGAAUAAAUACAUAGUUCUAUUUAUGAUAAGGUUGUGAAAUCUUUAACUCUAUUUUUCAUGAUCCUUUCCCUAUUUAUCAGUAUUGGAUUAGAUAUAGUACAUGGGGUAGUAGAUUUUUAUUCAAAUGAGUAUUAAUAUCAAGCUUAAAAUGCAACUAUUGGAUAUGUAUCUGAUAAUCUAAUUUACAAACCAAUAAAAUAGUAUGAAAUACUUAAAUAAUUAGAGUAUAUUUUAGAGAUUUGGAAUGUGAUUCAUCAGAAGAAAUUUAAUAAUUAUUUCCAUUUGGGGAAUUUAACAUAACUAGAUGGUAUUCUUAAUUGAUUUGUGUAACAAGAUUUGUUGAUAUAAGACUAUCAACUCAAUGUUCAGAUACUGAAUAUAAUUGUGGACCAUAUUGCAUAUAAACAAGUGAAGGAUCAUAAUGUCCUAUUUCAAAAUUAUUAAUUAUAUAAAAUGAAAUCGUAGAUGAAGAUGCUGAUCAAAAUUUAGAGAGCAACAGAGAUUUAUAUAUUUAAAGAGAAAAUUCUUCUUUUGGAAUAUUUAAACUUCAAGUAGUAAUCAGAGGAUAUCCAUGUUUGAAUCCAUUAAUUUAUAUAACUGCUGGAUUAACUAAUAAUACUGAAUUUAUAGAUCCUGAAAAUUGUGAAGGUUCUGAUUUUGAUACUGAUAAUAGUGUGAAAAUAGAAUAAACAACUCUUUAACUGUUUGCUAAAUAAGGUUUAGAAGCAUUAUCUUUUAAUGGUGUUCCUUCAACUGUUACUAAUUCUGCAAUAACUUAUCUAACAUCAAGAGUACUUAAUAUAUUUAAUAAAGAAUAAAAUUGCUACAAAAAAUGAUGAGAGAUGUACCUAGAUUGAUAAAAAAAUGAUUGAAGAGACAGAAAAUUGUGAAUAAUCAAUUUAAGAAAUAGGUUUAAUAUAUGUGGUUAUUAAAUAAAUAUUUUCUGGUUUAAUAGGACUCAUUUUAAUUAUUGAAAUUUAUGUACUCAAAUUUAGAAUAGUUAAUGAUAUAAGAAUAGUUACUGUAAUCUUAAAAAUUCUAAUUAUAUGUCAGAUGUCCUUCAUUCUUAUUGAAGGUGGUUUAAUAUUAUAUUAAGAAAAACUUAGAAGUGAUUCAGAAUUAUAUUUUAAAUCAAUUGCUAAUUGUUACACUUCUGAAUAAAUUUAUACUAUUUUUGCACAAUUUCCGAAUCUUUUCCCAGCAGAUGUCAGUACUUACAUUUCACUUAUUACAAUUUCUAUUAUAAUUAUAGCUAUUAGUGAAUUCAUCUUAACAAUGAUGUUCAUUGUUUAAAUGUUUCAUUGGUGCUUUAAACAAAAAAAAGAGAAGAAAAUGUACAUAACUGAAUCAGAUACAUAAAGACAACCAAUCCAAUCAAAAGAAGAUAUUCAUCAUUCUGACACUAACCCCUAUCAAAAUCCAUUAUCACCUCAUUUAUCUAAAGUUCCUCCACCUGUUUAUUCCAAUCCUCAAAACCUAAGUAAUCCAAUUAAUCAAGAAUCAAAAUAUGUUAAUGAAUACAUACCUCCAAAUUAAUUUGGAGAACAAUCAUAAUAGAAAUUUGCAGAAUCUUAUAUUCCUCCAUAAAUUAAUAAUGUAUAAUCAACUAUAGUAGUACCAGGAAAAAAAAAUUCUAAAUAUUGA